CUUGUGAUAGAAUCAUUGCAAAGCAAUUCGUUUAAACACUCUCGUUAUAUUUAACAACUGAUAAAAUAUUACGACAAUGGAGUUUCGUAUUGCAGCUGUUUUUCUCUUGAUCGCAGUCACAGCAGUCUACAGCCAAGACAUUAUGACCAUAUGUAAGCAGACAGAAAUUAGACCGGGAUCAAAUUUUCUGCGAUCACCAAGGAACUGCAGUGAAUUUUAUUUAUGUAAUCCUAUGUUUCGACGAUCUUUAGCAUGUGGUAGGGGAACAGUGUUUUCACAGUCUCAACAAGUCUGUGUGAUGAGGAACAGCCAAUUUGACGAUUGUAACCGUGUCAUUUAUGGAGGAAAAUUCAAUGAUCCUCUCUGUAACCCAUUCGCAUACGGAAAUAACCGUGACCCACAAGAUUGUACUAGGUAUAUUCCUUGCUACAACCGAACCUCUUAUCCGUCCAUGGCAUGCCAAGCCGGUCUUUACUUUAGCGUCCAGCUACAAAGAUGUACCACUCCCACAGAAUCCGACUGUAGGAUCCGUUAAAUCACUUUGAGCUUCCGAAAUGAUCCCUACCAACGAAUUCAUAUAAAAAAACCCGAUGCGAGCGUCGAACCUGAGAUAAUUUCAAUUGC